UUACAUUCGACAGCAUUUCUGCUGAGACAGAAACCAAACAGCUUCUACAUAGCAUAAUAAUAAUUUUGAAGUGAGAGAAAUAGAAGAGGUGCUAAAUUAACGAUCGAUCCAGCUGUAAUCUGUCUAACGGCUUACAGUCAGCAUGGUUACGGUGGACUUCAAGACACUCACAGCACCGGUGGGCAUUUUAAGGAUACUGGCAGUGGUCUUAACCUGCAUCUCCUUCAGCCUGGUGGCAUCACUGGGCCACACUUCUCUGUCCUUCUGGGUCUGGUGCAUGUUCAGCUGGUGUUUCUGCUUCUGCAUCACCUUCCUCGUGCUCCUCCUGGAACUGACAACUCUAAAUACAAAGCUGCCCAUCUCCUGGGAUGACUUCACUGCUGCAUUUGCCAUGUUGGCUACCCUGAUGAUGUUCACAGCAGCUGUGAUCUAUCCAUAUUUCUUCGUCUGCUCUAGCUGCGGCAGAGGUAUUGGUGCCAGUGUCACGACCUGCUUGGCCUUCAUCCUCUACGCCGUUGAGGUGGGGCUAACCCGGGCCAAACCUGGUGAGAUCAGUGGAUUCCUUUCCACAGUCCCAGGCCUCCUCAAGGUUUUAGAGGCCUUUGUGGCCUGCAUCAUCUUCAUCUGUUUGGACUUCACCUUUUACUCUAUCUUCCCGGGGCUCCAGUGGUGCGUUGCCGUCUACUCCAUCUGCUUCAUUUUUGCCCUCCUCGUCAUCAUUUUUACCAUCGGCCGCCUGCUGCCUCUCUUCCCUGCGCCCUUCGACAAAGUCUUGACGGUGUGCAAUGUGCUGGCAGUGCUGAUGUACUUCACAGCUGUGGUCAUUUGGCCAUUUUAUAGCUUUAGGAACAAUUCAGGCACCGAUGAUUUUUACAUAGUCAUUACUGUGAUGACCUGCUUGAACCUCAUUGCUUACAUUGUGGAUACAGUUUACUCGUUUAAGCUCGUCUUCUUCGUCAGCAGAACAUAGGUUGCAAAAAGUCAGCUUGAACUUAUCUUUCAUUGAUUGAUUGAUUGUAUGAUAGUUAUUUUUAUGAUGGUUUAUGUCAUUCUUUUACUGCAGAUUUCAUAUUAAUUAGAGUAGCUUUUUUUAAACACGAUUUUGCAUUUUUUGAAGCCAUAACGUAGCUGUGGUUGAUUCAGGGUUUUUUUUAUUCAGGUUUAUGAGCCUGUAAAAGUACCGAGUAGGAAACUCAUUCAGUGUAGUUUCUUACAAAUCUCACCCUGAUAAAGAACACUAAAAUCCAGUCAUUGUGGUUAAUGAACGUUAUUGAACAAGCCUACAUACCCAUAUGGUUGUUUUAGCACCUCGGUAAUAAAGUAUGAUAAGUAAAUCUUAAAUAAAUACCACUUUCAUGGUUUCAGGGUUAAAUAAUGAACUCCCCUUUGAGAAUGUUUGCAAAGGUGUGUCCAAGUGUGCAUAUCCUGCAAUACACACAGCUAUGGGUUUCGAGCUAACAACUCCACUCUCUUUUUUCGAUUAUGGGCAUGGAGUAAGUGAAAGAGAACAAAACAGAGCAGAGUUAAGAAAGUUUUUUCUUCUUGUAGUUUUUUUUAAAGGCUGUCUUUAGCUGUUAAAGAAAGAAGCUGCUUUGUUUUGUCCUAAUGAUUUAACUGCUGAUGAUGAGCUGAGCUGUCGAACGGCUCCUCAUGUGUGUUUACACAGGAAAAGAAUUACUGGACGUUUACUGCCAGAACAGGUUUAUUUAGGUUUAUUUAUUCAAUCCAAAGCUCUAAAGCCAGUUGGAACAAUAAUCAGUGACGACUUUGCUGUUUGAUUAGUCUACAAUGGUUCUGGUUAUUCUUUCAGUAAACAGUGAAAAAUGCACAGUUUAAACUGGUUGUAUUUGGAUUUUGUCCAAACAGUAAUAAAACAUUAUUUUUAUAAAUAUUUUUAAAGUUUUUAAAGAUG